AUGGCUGUUGGCAACAUAAAAGCGCAAAAAGGCACGAUUGCUAUCGAGGAGGCGGUGAUUAACCCAACCGGACUCUCUUGGCUGGCAGAUUCAGCAGCUCUCUUUGGGCAGGAGGCCAGCACCGAAAGCCAUACCACACUCACUGAGCGCCUUCUCGACAUCCACCAUGACCGGCUCAAGCAAAUGGAUACCCAUGGAGUCGAGUACAUGCUGCUAUCUCUGACCUCUCCUGGCCCACAAGGGGAACCAAAUCCUGCGAAGGCGCGCGCACUAGCAACAGAAGCAAAUGACUGGCUGGCUGCGCAAGUUGCUCUUAACCCUCAGAGGUUCGGCGCUCUGGCAAGCGUGUCGAUGCAUAAUGUGGAAGACGCUGUUGCCGAGGCUGUUCGGGCAGUCAAGGAGUUGGGCAUGUUUGGCGUUGUGCUGAACGACUAUCAAGUGGUCAAUGAGGGAGGUGAUGUGGAGGGCAAAAAGUAUUACGACACGCCCGAAUUUCGUCCGUUCUGGAAGGCAGUUGAGGAGCUCGGGGUCCCAGUCUACAUGCAUCCGCGGUUCCCUCCAGCAAAAGAUCUCCAGCCCGGUACUCGGUACGGUGACAGGAAGCAGAUUCUCGGUGGCGCUGUGCAAUUCCAUCUCGAUCUCAGCCUGCACAUCUAUGCGCUCUGCUCCAGUGGCGUUUUUGACGAGUUCCCUGGCCUUCAGGUUGUUGUGGGAAAUCUAGGUGAAGGCAUUCCAUUCAGCCUCUGGAGAGCAGAUCACUGGUACAAUAAGCCAGGAAAGUUGAAGACUCGACCAUCCAAGCAUGACUUUACCUACUAUUUCACGAAGAAUAUUUGGAUUACAACUGCAGGUAACUUUAAUACGCCUGGUCUCAAGUUCUGUGUCGAUCAAGUUGGCCCAGAGCGCUGUCUCUUUGCUAUUGAUUAUCCCUUUGACUCCAUAGCUGAAGCACAAUACUGGUGGCUUACCGUCGACCUUCCAGAAGACCAAAAGCAGCUCAUUGCGAGAGAAAAUGCCAUAAAGUUGUUCAAGUUACCUCUUGAACUGUGA